AAAGAAGCGAGGAGAGGCUCCAGGAGGAAAAGAGAAGAAAGGAGGAUAUUUCACUGUGAAAAAAGAAAAGGGGGGGGACGAAGCGAGCUCGGAGGCUCAUUAGCAGCGGCUCCAUGGCUCAGUCGGCUGCUAACGGUGUGGACCAGGAUCUGGCUAGCAAGAGGCUGCACUCAAGGAUGGAGGCCUCCUGCUUGGAGCUGGCCUUGGAAGGAGAGCGACUGUGCAAGGCCGGGGACUUCAAAGGGGGGACAGCGUUUUUCGAAGCAGCCGUGCAGGUCGGCACAGAAGACCUGAAGACACUCAGUGCCAUCUACAGCCAGCUGGGCAAUGCCUACUUCUACCUCAAGGAGUACGGAAAAGCCCUGGAAUACCACAAGCACGACCUUACCUUGGCCAGAACAAUAGGAGACAGAAUCGGAGAAGGGAAAGCCAGCGGUAACCUUGGUAACACGUUAAAAGUGCUGGGGCGCUUCGACGAGGCUGUUGUCUGCUGCCAAAGACAUCUGGAUAUUUCUCAAGAGCAGGGUGACAAGGUUGGAGAGGCCAGAGCGCUGUAUAACAUUGGGAACGUAUUUCACGCAAAGGGCAAGCAGCAGCUGUGGGGCUGCACCCAGGAACCAGGGGACCUGCCUCCUGAUGUCAGAGACACACUGCAAAGGGCUACUGGCUUUUAUGAGAUGAACCUGUGUUUGGUCAAAGAGCUUGGUGACCGAGCAGCUCAGGGGAGGGCCUACGGGAACCUGGGCAACACCCACUACCUGCUGGGUAACUUUGUUGAAGCUAUCAAGUUCCACCGUCAGCGGUUAUCCAUUGCCAAAGAAUUUGGGGACAAAGCUGCUGAACGGCGAGCCUACAGUAACCUGGGAAAUGCCCUGAUAUUCCUGGGACAGUUCAACACUGCCACCGAGUACUACAGGAAAACUCUGCAACUGUCCAGGCAACUUAGAGACCAGGUGAUGGAGGCUCAGGCCUGUUACAGUCUGGGAAACACCUACACGCUUUUGCAACAGUAUGAGAGGGCCAUAGACUACCACCUGAAACACCUGUACAUCGCCCAGGAGCUCACUGAUAGGGUUGGUGAGGGUCGUGCCUGCUGGAGUCUCGGAAAUGCGUACGUGUCAUUAGGGAACCACAAACAAGCCCUCCACUAUGCCCGGAAACACCUGGACAUCUCGAAAGAAAUUGGAGACAGAAAUGGGGAACUGACAGCCAGAAUGAAUGUGGAGCAGCUGAUGGAGGCCCUGGGGGUCAACGAGAGCGACCUCUCGCCUUCCAGUUCAGAGUUUGAGAUGCAAGGAGCAAGACCCAAAUUCACCAAGAGAAACAGCAUGGACAGCGUAGAGCUGUGGAAGUACUCCUCAGAUAAGAAUGGUGAGAACCAAGACUUGGAGAGCAUACCCAGGAGAUCCAAGAGUCAGCUGUCACAGCCCGGUAAGAGAAAAGGCUACUCUGACAGUCAGUCGUCAGAUGAAAGGCCGUGGUUGGACUCUCCCGUCGACACCGAUGACAUCACUGUGCAAGUCCCGCCUCCAGUGCCAGUGAGUCGCUGUAGCUUUACGGUUUUAUUAACUCUGACACAGGUAUAUGCCUUAUAUCCACAUUGCUGCAUUUCGAACACAGUCAUAAGCAACUAUCUCAGUUCAAACACAACUUGGAUUGAUAAAACCAUAAGCAAAAACAUCAGAAAAUCUAACCUUUGCCUCUGUUUCUUUGUAUAUUUUGCUUACAAUACAAAAAAAAGUGCUUUUAACUGCUCAACCUCCAAAUUGAAUUUCACACCACAGAGUGUUUAACAGCCAAUAUUUAGUUCACACACCAUGUAUCUCAAAUAUACC